CUUACAUUGAGGACUUGGCGCGCAGCGUGGAGCAGAGCAGGCGCCUGAUUAUCAUUUUGACUCCGGAGUUCGUUGCCAAAAGAGGCUGGAGCAUCUUCCAGAUAGAGACGCGUCUCCACUCCAUGCUGGUGACAGGAGAGAUCAAGGUGAUCAUGAUAGAGUGUGCGAACUUGAAGAAUGUCAUCAAUUACCAAGAGGUGGAAGCUCUGAAACAUACAAUCAAGGUCUUAUCUGUUAUCAAGUGGAGGGGUCCAAAGAGCAAUGAGCUGUCCUCCAAGUUUUGGAAGCAGGUGGUCUAUGAGAUGCCGGCUAAACGCAGAGAGACUCUGUCCAGACGUCAG